AGCGGAUUUAAAGUAUCUCUCCAAGUAUUAUGGAUGCUCAAGGGGUUUGGUUGAUGUUUGGCCUCCUCCUGAUGGCACACUGCACGCUGCAGCAGACCCCAUCAAAGAAAGGAACUGGAAAGAGAGACUCUGCAAACAGUGCUGCAAUUGAGGAGCUGAAGAAACAGAUUACUGACAUUGUUACAGAGCUGAGUUUGCUGAAAGAGCAGCAAGCUUUACAGACAGUGUGUCUGCGAGGCACCAAGAUCCUCGGCAAGUGUUUCCUGGCUGUCGCGGAGAAGAAGACCUUCCACGCGGCCAGCGAGGACUGCAUCGCUAUGGGAGGCAGCCUGAGCACUCCUCUGACAGGAGACGAGAACGACCAGCUCUACAACUACGUGCGCCAGAGCAUCGGCCCAGAGGAGCACAUCUGGCUGGGCAUCAAUGACAUGGUGACCGAUGGCCAGUGGGUGGACCAAUCAGGCUCCGGCGUGCGCUUCAAGAACUGGGAGACAGAGAUCACCCUGCAGCCAGACGGAGGCCGCAGCCAGAACUGUGGCAUCCUCUCCACCACAGCCAACGGGAAGUGGUUUGAUGAGAGUUGCCGAGCUGAGAAGGCUUUUGUGUGCGAGUUCAACAUCGUCUGA